AUGAGGUUAAUUUUAAUAUUCACAGUCUUUUAUUUUGUGGAGAUCUAUGGUUUGACAACAAUCGCUGAUGUUGAUCGAAUGAAACAUGAUAUUUCAAAGUUUUUGUCGAUUUCUAGACAUAAUGAGACUGAAAAAUCAGUAGCUAGAGUUGCAAUCAAAAGAGCAUUGGAAGCUGUUGGAUUAUCAUCGAUGACUCAUACUUUUAUUCAUGAGGAAACUGUGAGUUUUGAAGGAAUGAUCUUAUUCCUAUUUUGUUUUAGAACGAAAUUGGGGCAAAUGUGAUAGCUGUUCAAAAAGGUCCACAUUUUGGAACAUCUCAAGAUCGACUUGUUGUACUUUCUGCCAACUACGAUACUCUUGAAGAUAAUCCAGGUGUUGAUGAUAAUGGUUCUGGAGUUGCAGCUGUUAUUGAGGCGGCGAGAAUUAUGAGUACAUUAGAUACAUUGUAUUCAAGAAUGUACACGAUUAUUUAUGUUUGUUAUGAUAUGAAGCAUAAGGUAAACAUGAAGGAUUUUGGUACGGGAUUCAGAAAAUUUGAAAUUCCUUUGAACAAAAAUUCAUAUUUUUUUGUAUAUUUCUUCAAAUGUCGUUAAAAAAAGAACAGAUCAUUGGCAAUUUUUGUGGAAAAAUACGUUUCACAAAAACAUGAAAUUUUAAGGGUUAAUUCACAAAUGAUUUCAACUUUUUCAUAUCCAAAUAUUCUUUCAGUCUCUAGCCGGUUCUCAUGCUUUUGUCGAAGACAUUCUUCUUCCUUUGGUCGAAAGAACAAAUGCGGAAAUUAUUGCAGCUGUUGUUGUUGAUGGAAUAUUACAUUUUGAUCCGUUUCCAGGUUCACAAGCUAUGCCAGCUGAGUUUGAAACGGUUGGUUAAUUGAAAGAUCAAAGGCUGAUCAGAAAAUUUCGUGGAAUAUCUUCAAUGAAAUCAGUUAUUUUAAAUUUUUACAAGUUCUUUCUAAUGGCAUCAGUUAUAUUUUUUACCUCCCUAAUCUAAUACUUUCAGCUUUUCCCCGACGCUGCUCACGAACUCCAUUCUCAUUCUCACAUGGGUGAUUUCAUCCAAAUCAAUUCUCGUUCUCGAAUCGAUGAUCAUCUCGUCCAUCUUUUCUCCAAAUCCUAUAAUCGUUCAUCCGAAAUGCUUUCCGAUGAUUGGCCAUUUCAUCCGUGGAUGUUAUCAUUGAAAAUGGAUAUUGCAAAUAUAACAUCACUCGAUAGAUUAUACAAGUGAGCUAGAUAUCUCUAAAAUUUGUAGAACCUUUUUAAUGAGCAUUUUCAGAAAAGUUGCCAGAGAUCAAAAUGGGUAAGACACAAGCACUUUAGUUAGAAAAAAUCACCCUUUCGUUAGCUUAGCAUGGCUUAAAUUUAAAAAAAACCCUACCUAACCAAAUAUGUAAAAUUAAAUUUUAUUAAAAAAGAACAAAUUGCAGGCUUCAUCCAUUCCUGUUUUCCGAUCAUUCUUCAUUUUUCUUCCACUCAAAGAAAAACGAUUUCGAAAUUCCAACAAUAUAUUUAACAGAUACUUGUAAGUUUAGAACAUUGGGGCUUUUAGAUUGGGACAGGUUCAUAAAAACAUGUUCAGAUUGACAUAUUAAUUUUUUACCUCGUACCGAUUCAAACUUCGCCUGGAAGUUCAGAUUCAGAUCCCAAAAAUCCUCCUAAAUUACAGUAAACCUUCGAGGUGUCCGCCAAUACUGUGUUCAAUGUGAUGGUCUCUAUAUGAUGACUGAACAAAACAUGAAAUUCCUCGCUCUAAUGACCGAUGCUCUUAUCAGAUUUUUGAUUGAAAUGAGUCAAUCAAGUGCAAUCGGAGUUGUCGAUGAUCUAUAUUCAUUCAUGUUCAACAUCGAUGUUGAAUAG